CUCGUGCUUCCUGGCUUCACUCGCAUGCUCAGAGAAAGAAGAAGAAGAAGAAGCGUUUCAGCCGCGUGAAGAAGCUUUGUCUAUUUUAAACCUCACCGGAUUGUACUCAGGAUAUUUGUGUAGCUCUCGCGCUGCGUGGGAGGUUGUGUGUACAAGCUAAAGCCAGCGCAGAACUUGAGUUGCUUUGUUUGACCUUUUUAAUUGUUAGGAUUUUAGCCAAAAGGUGGUCGUGACAGAGAAAGGGAGAGAGUCUGCAUGUGUGUGUGAGAGAGCAAUAAGACCAGGAUGAUUGCGGCCCAGCUACUAGCCUAUUACUUCACUGAACUCAAGGAUGAUCAGGUCAAAAAGAUUGAUAAGUACCUGUACUCCAUGCGCUUCUCUGAUGAGACGUUAAAGGAAAUCACGCAGCGGUUUCGGAGGGAGCUGGUCAAAGGCCUGUGCCGGGACACCAACCCCACUGCCGCGUUGAAGAUGCUGCCAACCUUUGUGCAGUCAAUCCCCGAUGGCUCAGAGAAGGGAGACUUUAUCGCGUUGGACUUGGGCGGCAGCAACUUCCGGAUCCUCCGUGUCCGAGUGAGUCACGAGAAGAAGCAGACCGUCCAGAUGGAGAGUCAGAUCUACGACACGCCAGAAGACAUCAUUCACGGCAGCGGAACGAGACUGUUCGACCACGUUGCAGAGUGUCUCGGUGACUUUAUGGAAAAACACAACAUCAAAGACAAGAAACUCCCGGUUGGGUUAACCUUCUCCUUCCCCUGCCGGCAGACUAAACUAGAUGAGGGCUUUCUGAUCACCUGGACAAAGCGUUUCAAGGCCAGCGGCGUGGAGGGAAUGGAUGUUGUCAAACUGCUCACGAAAGCCAUUAAGAAGCGAGGCGACUAUGACGCCGACAUCAUGGCGGUAGUGAACGACACCGUGGGAACAAUGAUGACAUGCGGUUUCGAUGACCAGCGCUGUGAAGUUGGCAUUAUCAUCGGUACGGGCACCAACGCGUGCUACAUGGAGGAGCUGCGUCACAUCGACCUGGUGGAGGGAGACGAGGGCCGGAUGUGUGUGAACACCGAGUGGGGAGCCUUCGGAGACGACGGCAGGCUGGAGGACAUCAGGACGGAGUUCGACAAAGAGAUCGACCGAGGCUCUCUCAACCCCGGCCAACAGCUAUUUGAGAAGAUGGUCAGCGGUAUGUACAUGGGGGAGCUCGUUCGUCUCAUCCUGGUGAAGAUGGCCAGAGAAGGCAUGCUGUUCGAGGGAAAGAUCACCGCCGAGCUCCUCACCAAGGGGAGGAUUGAGACCAAACACAUCUCAGCCAUAGAGAAGAGUAAGGAGGGGUUGACCAGGGCCAGAGAGACUUUAAUCCGACUUGGAUUGGAGCCCUCAAAUGACGACUGCAUCGCCGUGCAGCAUGUUUGUGCCAUCGUGUCUUUCCGCUCGGCCAACCUGAUCGCGGCCGUGCUGGCCGGCAUCCUGCUGCGGCUGAAGGAGAACAAGAGCGCGGCCCGUCUCCGCACCACGGUGGGGAUCGACGGCUCGCUGUACAAGAUGCACCCACAAUAUGCGCGUCGUCUUCACAAGACGGUCCGCCGUUUAGUCCCUGACGCUGAUAUUCGAUUCCUCCUGUCGGAGAGCGGCAGUUCCAAAGGAGCGGCCAUGGUGACGGCUGUGGCCUACCGACUCGCCGAACAGUCGCGAGAAAUUGCCCAAACGUUGUCCGAAUUCCGCCUGACGAUUGAACAACUGCUGGAGGUAAAGAAGAGAAUGAGGAUAGAGAUCCAAAAUGGCCUUUCAAAGAGCACUCAGGAAGCAGCUACUGUCAAAAUGCUGCCGACAUUUGUAUACAGCACUCCUGACGGCUCAGAACAUGGCGAUUUCCUGGCUUUGGAUUUGGGAGGAACCAACUUCAGGGUUCUCUUAGUCAAGAUUCGCUCUGGCAAGAGGAGAACGGUGGAGAUGCACAACAAGAUCUACUCUAUUCCUCUAGAAGUGAUGCAGGGCACGGGAGAGGAGUUGUUUGAUCACAUUGUGCAGUGCAUCAGUGACUUCCUGGACUACAUGGGGAUGAAGAACACUCGUCUUCCUCUGGGCUUCACCUUCUCGUUCCCCUGCCGACAGACCAGCCUGGAUGCUGGCAUCCUGGUGACAUGGACCAAGGGCUUCAAGGCGACAGACUGUGAAGGAGAAGACGUGGUGGGUCUCUUGAGGGAUGCCAUCAAGAGGAGAGAGGAAUUUGACCUGGAUGUCGUUGCCAUAGUGAACGACACAGUGGGAACCAUGAUCACUUGUGCCUACGAAGAACCCACCUGUGAGGUUGGACUCAUCGCUGGCACCGGCAGCAAUGCAUGUUACAUGGAGGAGAUGAGGAACAUUGAGAUGGUCGAUGGAGAUGAGGGCCAGAUGUGUGUCAACAUGGAGUGGGGGGCUUUCGGAGACAGCGGUUGCCUUGACGACAUUAGGACGGAGUACGAUCGCACCGUAGAUGACGUCUCCCUCAAUGCUGGCAAACAAAGAUAUGAGAAGAUGUGCAGCGGCAUGUAUCUUGGCGAGAUUGUGCGAAACAUCCUAAUAGACAUGACCAAGAAAGGAUUCCUGUUCAGAGGACAGAUUUCUGAAACGCUGAAGACCAGAGGCAUCUUCGAGACAAAGUUCCUCUCACAUAUAGAAAGUGACAGAUUGGCUUUGCUGCAAGUGAGAUCCAUCCUGCAACACUUAGGGCUGGACAGCACCUGUGAGGACAGCAUCAUAGUGAAAGAGGUAUGUGGGGCGGUGUCACGGCGUGCAGCUCAGCUGUGUGGGGCGGGGAUGGCGGCUGUGGUCGAUAAGAUCAGAGAGAACCGAGGACUGGACCAUCUGAACAUCACCGUAGGGGUGGACGGGACGCUCUACAAACUACACCCACAUUUCUCGAAGUUCAUGCACCAGACGGUAAAGGAACUGGCUCCCCAGUGCAACGUCAACUUCCUGCUGUCGGAGGACGGCAGCGGGAAAGGAGCCGCCCUCAUCACGGCGGUGGGCUGCCGCCUGAGACAGGAGCUGAGCAACAAAUAGAAAACAUCUCUCCUGUCUUGCUUGUUAUCUCCCCUCUUUUCUGAGUUUCCCUUGCCUCCUCCCCUUGCCUCCUCCCCGCCUAAAGCCAACCAGCCCAGUCAACGUAUCGCGCUCCUCUAGCUGCUUCAGCCCGUCUUCACGGUCCAGAGAGAAGGGGAUCGCUUGCUCCGCUGUGUUCGGUCGCCGAGUGUCUGGCACUAUGUUGUCGUUAGAUUAGAUUAUGAUAACCCAUGUAACAAUACCCAGACUCUAAAGAUUGUUUGUAGUUAGGUUAAACUUAUCUCUGCAGAUAAGACACACGUUCUACUCUUGUAAAAAUAAACAUGUACAGGGCAGAUAAAACGAGAGUCCACACAUGAGCCGUUCAUCAUCGUCAUACGGAGGAGUCCUCUGAUAAUUGAUAACGUCUGUUCCAAUGUUCCAAGUACAAUAGUUGGAAGACGACUUCCAAAAGCUUUGCGGAGAAACAUUGAUCCUUGCAACAUGUUCGGUUAAUGCAGGGACAUAAAAACACAGCUUUAGAAUGAAAGUUUCCGAAGGCUACAUGAAGAUGUAAAAUGGAUGCGCGGUGUAAUAUGAAUGUGUAAUGAGAUGAAUAUUUUUGCCUUCAAAUUUGUAAUAUCUUACCCAGAUAUGAUACAAUAUGUUAUACAUACAUUGUUGCUAUUUAUUUUAUUUUUGUAUUGGGAGGUGUUUGAAAAAUAUUGCCGUUGCAAUAACGAGGCUCACAGUGAAAGCCACCUUUUUUUUAAAUAAAAAUUUUAAAAAAAAGCCCCGGCAGCCAUCACCUGCUCUGUGGCGAAGGAGUUAUUGCAGCAGGUCGGGGCAGAAAGGUGACACGAGGGACGUCAGCCGUUACAUGCUUGCUAAAUGUACAGAUUCAGACCAAAGUUAUCACAGCAAUCCUAUUCUAAUCUAAUGUGCAAAUCAUGUCGUUGGUUCCAUCACAACUAUCGCUUUUGUUGUUGUUGUUGUCGUAUUAAGAUGUUCUGGCUACCCUCAUCUCAGCGAGACUUACAGGUUACUUAGCAACAGCCGUGAUACAGGAAUGCGGUGCUAUUAUAGAUGCUGUUGGAACAACAAAGACUGAACUUGGGAUAAUAAUAAUAAUAUUACAGUCGCUGAAACUACUGUUCUGUGGAAUUUCAAGAUUUUGGGGAAUACAGCUUCUCCCUGUACUCAUUCACUGUACUCCACAUGCGCUUAGAAGGCUCCGGAGGUUGUUUAAGGGAACGACUGUAAGGCUCAUUCAAGUAGCACAAUUCAUGCAUUUGUGAAUUUAUUCGUCAGCAUUUUUCGACAUGAGACACAUUUUCACUGUAGAGGUUGUCGACCUGUUUAAUUACUGUUGAUGCGGGAUGCUACAUUUUACAGCCAUAUUUGUUAACCACAGUUACAAUUCUGGCUUUUCGACAUAUUAACACCAGCCCAAAACUAUUACAGUAGUAGUUUAAUUUUCAUUCCUACGUACUACUCAUUACUGCCACGAUGAAGAGGGCGAGCCUCUACUGCAGGUCCUGAACUCCUCGGAUGUUCCCCAGAGUAGUCGACAUGUCUAUAGAAGACAGGCCCACAUCACACAGACACUUUAAACUCUGCUUCUGUUCACACAACCCAGACUGUAUCUGUCCAACACUGUCGAUCAAUCGGUCACGAAAUAAAUAUACUACCUGUGUCAA